ACGUGGGGUAUAUAGAAAAAUGUGUAAAUAGUUACAUAACCGUUUUAAUUCUAAUAGGGUUGUUUAAGUUUCGAAUACUGAAGAUUCUUAAUGUUGAACAUCCUUUAGUUUGCGUUCACUGAGUUUGAAAUUUAAAGAAAAUAUUUUUUUAAUAUAUUUGUUGGUCAGUGAACUCCAGACAGUGUUUUUUUUUAAAGUCGUAAUGGCUAAUUCAACUUUGUUCGUUAGAAAUCUACCGACCUCAGCGUGUAGUGAUCGCCUGGAGGAGAUAUUCUCUGAAGUAGGACCAGUGAAACAUUGUUUCGUGGUUAAAGAGAAAGGUGGAGAAACAUGUCGUGGAUUCGGAUAUGUUACAUUUUCCAUGGAAGAGGAUGCGCAGAAGGCCAUGAAAGAAAUCAAACAGUACGAUGGACAACAAAUUGUUCUAAUGUUGGCAAAGAAGAAACAACACAACAAAAAGAAGAGUGCUUCCACAGAGCCAGGUCCAAAAAAGCAGAAACCGAAAAGUACGAAGAAGUCCAAAAAGAAAGCAAGGUUGAUUAUAAGAAAUCUCAGCUUUAAGUGCACUGAAGAUGAUCUGAAGCAAUUUUUCUCUAAGUAUGGAGCAGUCCUAGAAGUGAACAUUCCCAGAAAAGCAGAUGGGAAGAUGCGUGGGUUUGCCUUUGUGCAGUUCAAGAACGUCUUGGAGGCUGGAAAAGCACUGAAGGCCACAAAUUUGAAGGAGAUCAAAGUACUUAUGCAAGUAGUAAUAUAUGGCACUUUACUACUGUGUUUCAGACCUGGGAAAAAAGCACCUGUUGAGACGGAAGAGUGUGAGAUCGAUGAUGACACAGAGAGCUCUGAUGAGCAUAGCGCAGCUGAAGAUCACGAAGAGGAAAAUGAUGCAGAAUCUGAGGAGGCUGACUCGGAUGGCAGUGACUCAGGAUCUGAGGAUGAGGAGGAUAAUGAAAUUCCUGCUCAAAAGAAGCAUCAUACCUCAGACGUCAACGAAGGAAAAACCGUCUUUAUCAGAAAUCUUUCCUUUGAUACUGAAGAAGAUGGACUGGAAGAACUACUGCUGCAGUAUGGAGAGCUUAAAUAUGUUCGAAUAGUUCUUCAUCCGGAUACUGAACACUCAAAAGGUUGUGCCUUUGCCCAAUUUAAGACCAAGGAAGCUGCAGAAAAGUGCAUUGCAGCAGCUGAGGAAGGAUCUGAGAGUGGUGGGCUGAGACUAGACGGGCGGAAGUUAAACAUUGUCCUCGCGAUAAGUCGUGAGGAGGCUAUGAAAGUGAAGACCCAAAAAGUGAAGACGCACACGGGAACCCGGAAUUUGUUUCUCGCAAGAGAAGGCUUGAUUCGGGCGGGAACGGCAGCAGCUGAAGGGCUUUCGGCCGCAGAUCUCGCGAAGAGGGCAAGGUUUGAAGAACUUAAACGACUGAAGUUGAGAGAUAUUAACGUGUUUGUCUCGAAAACCCGUCUGUGUGUCCACAACCUGCCGAAGUCAGUGGACCAAAAACAUUUAAGAAAACUGUGUUUAAAAGCAGCAGGGGGUGGCAAGGAUGUUAGGAUAAAUGAGUGUCGUGUGAUGUACGACAGGAAGCCCCAGUUGGGAAAGACUGUGGGGCGUUCUCUGGGGUAUGGUUUUGUUCAAUUCCAGGAACAUGAUCAUGCCCUGAAGGCUCUCCGUCACUUGAACAACAAUCCUGACAUAUUUGGUCCACAGAAGAGACCAAUUGUGGAGUUUUCUCUUGAAGAUAGUAGGAAGUUAAAAAUAAAAGAAAACAGAGCACAGAAAAGCAAGCAAAAUGUGGCAAAAGCAGGAGAAAAUAAUAAAAGCAAGAAGAGUUCGAAGGUUCUAGAGUGUGGUCAGAAACGAGAGCAAGAUCACUCUGAGAGCACAAGUUCUCGUCUGUCGGACAUUGUAGAUGUUGGUGAGAAAAAGAGUGGACAUUGGUCAGGAUUCCAGACCAAGCCAGAAGUAGAAAAAGUGGAACUUGAAGAUGGAAAGAAGCGGAGAAAGAUUCUGGACCUUCCCUCGCACAGAGGUCCUAAAAUUAGAAAAAGAGAUAAAGGAAAACAGCAGCAAGUCCAGCCAAAGAAGGUCAGGGACCAACCCAGCAGGAAGGAACGCAUCAAAUCAGUCUUCAUAGAAAAACAGAGCCAGCAAAGAAAUCAGACAUCGAAGAAGAUGAAGAAUACAUUCAGGCGUAAAGAGGAUGAUCGGUUUGACAGUCUUGUUGAAAAGUAUAAGAAGACAAUUCUUGGAAAUCCCAAGUCAUCCAUUGUGAAAAAGGGCAAAUGGUUCAUCAGUUAAAACCAGCUGCAAAAAGCUGUUCGUUUCUAAAAAAGCCAGGUAUUCUUCCACAGCUCAAACCAAUUAGCUGGUGACUUAAAAAUCUGUAAUGCAGACAUCUGUCGUUAAAAUGGGUAUUUUUGGUCUACUUCUCCCAAUCAGUCACAAAUACACAAAGCUGUAGACUUGCGGACCCAUGAAGACUUCAGAAUGAAGUUGCCUCUCAUGUGUACAGAGAGAAGGCUGAGGACUUUUAGCAGUUUAUCUUUUGGGAUUUUUUCUAAGACCAUGUAAAAUGCAGUAAAUACCUGAAGCAAAAAUUGCAGCUUUUUUUCCCAGUUUUAUAGGUUACGCAACCAAUACCACAAGCCACUGUCAUUUCCAAGUGUCCUGAGACAGAUGAGCAAUGUGUUUACUAAAUUAACACACUUUAUUUCAGAAGAGUAGGGUGGUAAUUUUGUCUCCUUCACAUGUCACAUAGACAUGAGUAAUAUUUUCCUUGCUACACUUGGUGUAUGUCUCGCUUGUUAAAUAAACAUUGUCUGUUGGUACCCAUUUAAA